AUGGAGAACCCCAAGAACCAACGAGUGAACUAUUGCGGCGCAGAGUACAAUGUAAUUAAGGAGGGUCUUGCGUACAUACUCAACCCGCCUGCUCAAGAGGCAGCUGCAACGGGAACAAAGAAAGACCUCAAAUCCAACGACGAAUCCCAAUCGGUCUUCUACAACCCCAUCCAACAGUUCAACCGAGACCUGAGCGUACUGGCCAUUCGCGCCUUCGGAGAACACACUGUCGACCAAAGGAAGCAAAGACUGGCGAAGAGGAACCAGAAACGUGGCACAGACAAUAGUGCGGAACAAGGUACGAAGCGUAAACGCGAGGGCGAAGACAACACACAAGAACCUGUCGCAAAAAGGCUGGGCAUAAAAGAAGACGAAGAAGCCAACUCAGACUCCCCAGAGAUUGUCACAAGCGCUUCUGGGGAACAGACACAGAAUGGCAAGCAACAGCCAGUGGCCCUCCCUGGUCACUCAUUCAAAGUCUUGGAUGCGCUGUCUGCUACCGGUUUACGGGCCCUUCGAUAUGCUUCGGAAUUGCCAAUGGUUACUAAGGUUGUGGCCAACGAUUUGUCGACCUCGGCAAUUGAUUCUAUGAAGACGAACAUCGGCUAUAAUAAACUAGAGGGCCGGAUCCAGCCUAAUUUAGGCGACGCACGCGCUUUCAUGUAUGGCUGCGGCCCGGCGCAAAAAUUCGACGUCAUUGAUCUGGAUCCGUAUGGCACGGCGGCUCCUUUUACAGAUGCCGCAGUCCAGGCCGUUAGAGACGGAGGGCUCCUAUGUGUGACCUGCACGGAUGCUGGUGUCUGGGCCUCUACUGGCUACGCAGAAAAGGCAUAUGCACUCUAUGGCGGCGUUCCUAUCAAAGGCCCCCAAUCGCAUGAAGGCGGACUACGCCUGAUUCUGAAUAGCAUUGCUAUUUCAGCCGCUAGAUAUGGAAUGUCUAUCGAGCCACUUCUUUCCCUAUCGAUUGAUUUCUAUGCUCGUGUUUUCGUACGCGUUUAUAACUCUCCAGCGCAGGUCAAGUUCCUUGCCAGCAACACUAUGGUGGUCUAUAACUGUGACUCUGGAUGCGGUGCUUGGACUACACAACCAUUGGCUGUGGCCAAAUCAAAGCUUGACCGUAAAGGCAACCCAGUUCACCACUUUGGGCUAGCCCAAGCGCCUACUGCUGGCCCACACUGUGAACAUUGCGGAUUCAAAACACACCUCGCAGGUCCUAUGUGGGGUGGUAAGCUUCACAACACCCAUUUUAUCCAAAAGAUUCUUGGUAUCCUCCCCGACCUUGACCCUGAGACAUACCAAACCAUUCCUCGUAUCGAAGGUAUGUUGACCACAGCCCUCGAGGAGGACUUGGACGCCAUCACUUCUGAAGCUGCAGAGGCAAAUCCCCAAGACUCCGAGUACCCAGCUAUCAUUCCACGAUCAGACCCAACCGCUAGAGACCCUUACCCCUUCUUCAUGACCCUUAGCAAUCUCUCGCGCAUCUUACGUUGCACUACUGUUCCCGCUGACAAGUUUCGCGGCGCAUUACAUUCCAUCGGCUACCGUUCUACACGUAGCCACGCUAGAGCGAAUUCAAUUCGAACCGACGCGCCCUGGACUGUCGUCUGGGAAGUGAUGCGUGAGUGGGUCCGCCAACAUUCCCCUAUUAAGGAAUCAAGCCUGAAGCCCGGCACAGCUGCCGCCGCGAUCAUGAGCAAGAGCCGUGAGAACUUGCGCAAAGUACAUGAUGGAGACUCUAGACUGGCUUUGCUCAAGAAAAAUCUUCUCGCGGCCGUUGAGUCUGGGCGCGACGCGGAUGAGUUGAUCACGAAGAUCGAAGCCUCCCUUUACCGAUCCAGCCCUCGUUCUGCCGUGCCCUUUUCUGAAGCCAACAAAUCAGAGGGUCAGCCAAAUGAUACUGCACCACAGGAGCAUCCUGAGUCAAAUGCCCCAGAGAAAGCUCAUUAUAGUACACUCGAUAUUAGGUUUGACAGCGCUCUGGGUCGGGAAGCAUCAGCGGCUCAAUCCAAGAAACGCUUGGUGAGGUACCAGAUGAAUCCUCGAGCAAAUUGGGGACCGCUGAAUCGUGCUACGGUAACUUCGAACCAAGCAGAAUGA